AGUGUGACAUACAUAAUUUGUUUUUGUAUGAUAAGAGAGGAGUUGUUUAUAUUUUAUUAUCGUUUAUCUUCGGUGUGUUUUUUAGUGAAAAGUGCACAUUUGCAACAAAAUGAGAGGUCUUUAUGAGGAUUUAUCUGAGGAGCAUCCUCGAAAAUUGAUUCCUGAGCUCUGCAAGCAAUUCUACAAUUUAGGUUGGGUAACUGGAACUGGAGGUGGAAUAAGCAUUAAGCUCGACGAUGAAAUUUACAUUGCCCCUUCGGGAGUACAAAAGGAGCGCAUACAGCCAGAGGAUUUGUUUAUUCAAAAUAUCGAUGGAGAAGACCUACAACUUCCGCCAGAUUAUAAAAAAUUGACCAAGAGCCAGUGUACACCACUUUUUAUGCUGGCCUACAAGCAUCGUCAUGCUGGAGCAGUGAUCCAUACUCAUUCCCCAAAUGCCGUAAUGGCUACCCUUCUCUGGGAAGGUCCUGAAUUUCGGUGCAGUCAUUUAGAGAUGAUAAAGGGAGUGUAUGAUGCGAAAUUAAAGCGGUAUCUUCGCUAUGAUGAAGAACUCGUGGUGCCAAUUAUUGAAAAUACAUGCUUUGAGAAGGACCUUGAGGAAUCCCUAUUUGAGGCCAUGAAGGAGUACCCUGGUACCCAUGCUGUCCUUGUACGUCGUCAUGGAAUUUAUGUGUGGGGAGACACGUGGCAAAAAGCAAAGACAAUGACUGAAUGCUACGACUACCUCUUCAGCAUUGCAGUGGAAAUGAAAAAAUGUGGUCUAAAUGCUUCAAAAUUCAGGAAUUGAAAGGGUUUUUGAAGCUUAAAUUGAUAGUCAUCAAGAGAAUUUAUGUAAAAAAAGCGAAAAAAUAAAGAAAAUAUCUAUAUAAAA